AUGUAUAUUUCAGAGAUAGAAGAGCAGUUGGAAAUGGCUGAGGACCGCUGCAACACCCUGAAAGGUCAACUGGACUACAUGAAACACUUGUACGGCGUCUCAAGGAAGAGCCCUAAGGUUAGGAAAAUAUCCAGCUUGUCGCCGGGAAAAAAGUUGUCAGAUGACAAACAGUCCGAAUCCUCGACCGUAGACGAAGCUAACGAAAAAGAUAGUAGAGCUUACUUGAAAAGGCAGAAUUCUAACGCUAUCGGUACUGACAAUACCGGAGCUGCGGUCAGGACCAUAAAUAACAUACUCAAUGGCAUCACCGAUUCCGUGAAUAGGCUCUCUGAGUUGCACGUCCAAAUAGCCGAAACGCCUAGAAAUAGAAAAGUACGGUCUACCGGAGCCUCACCACACCCCGUAACCGCACUGAACAUAACCUCACAUUCCAACAACGACUUGGUGCUAUCCCAAAAGACCAGGAACAACACUGAUGUAGCAGGGAAUGCCCGAGAUACAACUGAUAUUUCGGCCCCCCCAAGCAGAAAGUCGAAGAUCUUCAGGAGGAAGGGCAGGGAUAAUAAGCUACUAAACAGAAAGCCGUUGUCUUCCCAGCAAUCCAUCAAAAAGAAUAACAGGCUCGAUAAGAAGACCAGAAGCUAUUCUACGAAGACCUCCAUGCUUGAUAAAAGUGCUACUACGAUCAUGAAAAGGAGGGUUCUUAACAGUCUGAGGCCACAAAAUGUUCAAACAGAUACGCCCCAACCUCACAAGCUGGUGGAGAUAUACCAUAACAUCGCGGCGAAGAACAGUGAUUCAGAUGAAGGCAAUCCUCAAAAGUCCAAAACGAAGCGUCUGUCCCCAAGCCGUAUUAGGAGGAACGCAAGCACUCGUACCUCGAAGUUCUUCGAUAACGAAGUGCCUCCCAUUGACAUUCCAGAUAAGAACGAAUCUGCUAUAUACCAGGAAGGCGAGGGGGACGCUCCUGCUCCACCUAUGGAAACCCUCCGCAGCAUGGAAGCCUCCAAUUUGGAGCCACUUCAAGCUCCCAGAACGGAGAUCAGCUGCUACUCUAAGAACUACGAGUUGCCCACCAUAGCUUCGAGGAUGAAACAAGUAGCUAAGAGUUAUCUUAACAGCUUCACUUUUAAGGCUAUUCCAUUUUGUGCGGCGAUUUCUACAAGCCCGAGCCACAACAUCGGCAUAAACAUCCAACAAGUCAUGAACAUUAUCAAAAACAAGCAGCCAAUAAAGGGGAUCUCUCCCACCCUGGCGCAUAACAUUGGUUUGGCAGCUGAGAGACUGAACAGCAGACCUCUAUCUGCCCUCAUCUCUAGCAUACACUCCAAGACGGGAUAUCGGAUUUCGCAAUGUCCGUUGUCGAGGACGUAUUUCAAUUAUCCCCAGCUCCAAGAAAUGGCCAGGGGUAUACCGGAAGAGACUGCGGAGGAAAUCGAGGAAGAGGUCGACUCCCCGGAAAUCAAGACAAUGAUAAUAACCGGCCCUUCUGGCGACAUGGAAGUGAGGAACCGCAACGCCCCCGUGUGGGCGGCCGAUCCGAACAAAUCGGAGCAUUGCACCUGCGUGCCACAGGGUGGGGUACAACUGCAGCAGAUCGUAUCUAAGUAUAAGAGGCCGGUUCCGUUGCAAACCGCUAAAAGUAUGGAGGUUGCUAGUCGAAUAUUGAGAUAUAAUGCCCUAAAUAGGAAAAAACUGCUGCCUAACAAGUCCCAGGAAUCGAGGAAUGGUUUCGCCGCUAUCCAUAGCACUAACACCAUCAAGACCCCAUCACAGGAAGUUCCAGAGAUGAAUCCCUUACACGGCAGAGAAAAGAACUUGAAAGAGGUCCUGACCAACCUUCACGACGAGUUCGAGGCGUUAAAUAAGAAAUACGAAGAACUGUCGGGUAAGGCCAGCGCAGAUGACGAGGAAACUCUGAAGGAACUGGAAAAGAUGGAGGCGGAACUAAGCAAGAAGGAGGAGGAAAUCACCAUGGUUAUGACUCUAUACAAGGAAGUCAUUGCGUUGAAGCAACAAAUAAAAAAUUUGAAGGAGAAAGCCAGCCAAUCUAGUGUGAACGCAAACUCGUCAGACGUUAAAUUUAAGGAAUACAAUAACCCACAAGCUGCUUUCCACCUCACGAAACUGUUGAGGCAGAUACAGCACUACCAGAUGCGCUACAAAAGAGAUUUUAGUGGAGUGUAA